CAAACCUAGAAAUAUCCUCAAGCCGCUUCUCUAUCCCCCCUUUCUUCUUCUCUCUAGCAGCCUGCACCAAUUUGCAGGGAAGAAGAAGAAGAAGAAGAAGAAGUAGGACUGUAAGAAGCGAAUUGAGUAAACCCCUACCCAAGCCAUCUCAUGACUUCUAUCAUUGGAGUUUCGUCUAUAUAUUACCAGACUCCAUGUGAGCUGUACAAAAGAGCUGCCGCUCCUCUAGCAGCCGCCACAACGGCGACGACGACGGCGACGAGCAGUAGGAGCGGCGGAGUUUCGUUGGCGUUUCCGGAGAGGCAGAGGGGGCACUUCAACACGGUGUUGAGAGCGAGGAGUGUUUUCGCGACUCAGGCGAUUGCGACGCCCAACUCUGUGCUCAGUGAGGAGGCCUUCAAGGGGCUUGGUGGGUUUUCAAAGGAGGAGCUAGACUCGGAGUCGGAGUAUGAGUCGGAGAGUGAAGUGGCGGAGCCGGCGGUGGGGAGUAAAGACGAGCUGGCUCUUUCGAAAUUGGGCUUGCCUCAGCGGCUUGUGGAUAGCCUUGAGAGACGUGGCAUUUCUUCGCUUUUUCCCAUUCAGAGAGCUGUGCUAGUGCCUGCACUGGAAGGUAGAGACAUUAUAGCUCGUGCAAAGACCGGGACUGGGAAGACAUUGGCCUUCGGGAUUCCCAUACUUAAACGCCUAACAGAAGAUGAUGAACAGAGAGGUUCAAGGCGGUCUGGUUAUCUUCCUCGAGUUCUGGUCCUUGCACCUACUCGGGAGUUGGCAAAGCAAGUGGAGAAGGAGAUUAAAGAGUCUGCACCUUAUCUGAACACUGUUUGUGUCUAUGGAGGAGUCUCCUACGUAACACAACAGAGUGCUCUUUCGCGAGGGGUUGAUGUAGUGGUUGGAACUCCUGGUCGGCUUAUUGACCUGAUAAACGGUGGCAGCCUCAAGUUGAGUGAAGUUCAGUAUUUGGUACUUGAUGAAGCUGAUCAGAUGCUUGCUGUUGGAUUUGAGGAUGAUGUGGAAACAAUUUUACAAAGACUUCCAGCUCAGAGGCAGAGCAUGCUUUUUUCUGCAACUAUGCCAACUUGGGUGAAAAAGCUAGCACGGAAAUAUUUAGACAAUCCAUUGACGAUUGAUUUGGUUGGUGAUCAAGACGAGAAACUUGCAGAAGGGAUCAAACUCUACGCUCUAUCAACCACUAACUCUUCAAAGCGGACUAUUCUUAGUGAUCUUAUAACAGUUUAUGCCAAGGGUGGGAAGACCAUUGUUUUUACCCAAACCAAACGUGAUGCUGAUGAAGUGUCAAUGUCAUUAACGACUAGCAUAGCUUCUGAGGCAUUGCAUGGAGAUAUAUCACAACAUCAAAGGGAGAGAACCCUAAAUGGUUUUCGGCAAGGAAAAUUCACAGUGCUCGUUGCCACUGAUGUUGCAUCCCGUGGACUUGAUAUUCCCAACGUUGACUUGAUUAUCCACUAUGAACUUCCCAAUGAUUCAGAGACAUUUGUACAUCGCUCUGGUCGUACUGGACGUGCAGGGAAACUCGGAAAUGCCGUUCUGAUGUUUACUAAUAACCAGAGGAGAACAGUCAAAACUCUUGAGCGUGAUGUGGGGUGCAGGUUUGAGUUUGUUACUCCGCCAACAGUUGAAGAGGUUUUGGAGUCAUCUGCUUCACAUGUGGUUGCUACUCUCAAUGGGGUUCAUCCUGAGUCUAUUAAGUUCUUCACACCAACAGCACAGAAACUGAUUGAAGAACAGGGAACAACUGCUCUUGCUGCUGCACUGGCACAGCUAAGUGGAUUUUCCCGACCUCCGUCAUCCCGGUCUCUAAUCAGUCACGAGCCGGGGUGGACAACAUUGCAAAUAAUUCGGGAUCCAGAGUUUGCCAGAGGUUACCUGUCUGCUAGAUCUGUCACUGGGUUUCUUUCAGAUGUUUAUUCUGCAGCUGCUGAUGAAGUUGGAAAAAUAUAUUUAAUUGCAGAUGAAAGGGUUCAAGGAGCAGUUUUUGAUCUUCCAGAGGAGAUUGCAAAAGAGUUGUUGAAGAGGCAAAUGCCUCCUGGAAACAGUAUUUCCAAGAUAAGCAAGUUGCCUCCACUGCAAGAUGACGGUCCAGUGAGUGACAACUAUGGCAGGUUUUCAGCUAGGGACAGGAGUAGUCGACGGGGAGGUUUUAGUGGUGGACGGGGAGGUGGUGGUGGAAGGGGAGGUUUUAGAAGCAGCUCUAGGGGUGGAUGGGGAGGUGGCCGAGAUUUUAGUGAUGGUGAUGAUGAUUUUAGGAGUAGCCGAGGAAGUUUUAAUAGAAGUAGCAGCAGCAGCAGCCGACCACGGAUGACAAGAAGUAUGGAUGAUGAUUGGCUUAUAGGAGGUACACGAACAGGCAGAAUACCAUCCCGAGACAGAAGCUUUGGAGGUUCCUGUUUCAACUGUGGGCAGUCUGGGCACAGAGCAUCAGAGUGCCCUUCUAAGAAACAAGGAUAUUAGAUGAGCAUCCUUAAACACCAGUUUUCCAGCACCAUUGGUCGGUUAAAGGUGGCUGCUACUGCUGCUCUGUGCAUUGCUUUGUACUAUUAUGUGUUUUGUGGACUGUUGAAGAUCAGUGAGAUUGGGAGAUGUUCGUUCCUCCAGGGAGUCACAAAAAUCAGAUUUAACCAUACUUCAUAGGAAUUAGUUUUGAACUGCGCUCUUCACUGGUCUCCCACAUAUGUAUUUGUUUGACAAUAUAGUUUUACUUUUACCUAUGCAUAAAAAGUAGGUGUGAAUUUUAAAUUUAAGUAGGAGCAUUUGAUGUUUUUGAAAGUCUGGAAUUGUUGUUAUGGGUAAAUCAUUCUUUUGACAGUUUGAAGUACACAAUUCAAACAAUGUACUCCAUUCGAUCUUUAGUUUCUGUUGUUUCAGAAAACAGAUCAACUUUUUAAUUUUGAGGGAAAAUAGAUGUAUUCUUGACAGUACAAUGUUAGGAUAGGGAUGCGAAGAUCACCCAUUUCUACUUGGCUGCUCAAUAUUAGUUGCUUCAUGAAUGUUUUU